CGGAUUGCGGAUACGAUACGAUACCCCUUUAUUUUAUGUUAUUUUAGGGAAAUCAAUAUUUUAAAGCUGUAUAAUAGUUUUAUGUUGUACAUUGAUACAUUUUAUAUCCUUACGGGUUAUUUCCUUACAUUUCAUCGAAUUAAUUAGGUUAGGAAAGAAAAAGAUAACAGAAAGAUUAUAUCCUCAAUGGACCCACUUCAAGGCCUGUGUGGGUCAGAGAGCUACGAUACUCAUCACAAUCAUGAAUUUUCGGCGGUGAUCAAAAUUGAGGUAGAACCGGAAUUUCCUGUCGAGAUCACAGUUGAGCCGGACGUUCCUACUAUGGUCCAGAUGAAACCAGAGACGAAUGCAAAUAUUGACAAUAAUCAAGAAACAGAGGAUGUUGCUUCAGCACAAUCAUCAAUUAAGAAACGCAGAAGAGUUACAGGUAGUACGACGGACAGGAAGCUGCGCAAGCCCCGACAGGAGUCAACCACUGCUCAGGGCCCCCACGAGUGCAAUGUUUGUCACCGACAGUUUAAAAACAAUUAUCAAAUGGUUAGCCAUUUGAGAACUCACAACGAACGAAAACAAUACCAGUGUGACUUGUGUCAGCAGAUAUUUAGUAAAAAACAGGGUUUAUCGAAUCACACUAGAACACACACCGGUGAGAAACCUUUUCAAUGUGGAGUAUGUCAAAAGAGAUUUAGUAGUAAGGGCAAUUUAAUAAGUCAUAAUAGAACUCACACCGGUGAGAAACCAUUUGAAUGUGAACUCUGUCAAAAGAGGUUUAGCCAUAGGGUCGAUUUGUUAAGUCACGUGAGAACUCACACCGGUGAGAAAUCGUUCCAGUGUGAGGUAUGUCAGCAUCGGUUUUGGUACAAAAGGGAUUUGUUACGCCAUCUGAGAAACCACACUGGCGAGAAACCAUUCCAAUGUAACAUUUGUGAUUAUCGGUGUAAUCAUAAAUCCAGUUUGGUGCAUCAUAUAAGAACUCACACAGGUGAGAAACCAUUUCAAUGUAACAUUUGCGAUUAUCGUUGUACUAAGAAGUUUCGCUUGCUGAGUCACGUCAGGACUCACACCGGAGAAACGCCCUUUCAAUGCGACGUGUGUCAACGUUAUUUCCGUCAAAAAGGCAGUCUGUUGCGACACUCGAGGACGCACAGUGAUCAGCUUGCUCUGUGAUGUGUUCCUCAGUUUUAUGUGCUAGUUUCCCACAUAGGCUAGUUGCCAAAUUUUUGUUUUGAUGACUAUUCAAAGGCUCUCAUAUCAUUAGGAACACCAGUGAAAAAAAUACUAUGAUAAUGACAAUACUUUAAAAGAUACGACAGAAAUAAAAUCACACAUUUUUGGACUCGUCCAACGCUCCGUACUAAAUGACACGAACAAGUGACGUCACAACGUGCGAAAAUGUUCGCGAAGAAAGAUUUGUUUGUUCGUCAGCUACAUUAAAUAUUACGUUUAUGGUGAUGACUUCAAUAAAAGUUGUUAUCAAUUUUUUUUUUAUGAUGGUUAAAUAUAUUUUUAUAAUUUUACACUUUUUGAAAAUAGACCUUUCCAACCAACUUUAAAUCUUCGUAUUUAGAUCCAGCUGCAUUGUUACAGUCUAUGAAUUAUCGUAAUGAUCCUAAAUAAGUAUAUCUAUUUUAUCUAGAUUAUACAUAUUUUUUACAAUUCUUCAACCUUGGCAACUACCCUAUUUGCAUUGUUGAACUCAGUACUAUGUGUUGCAAAUUCAAUAUCUUAAAAUUAAUUAAAUUAUUUAUGAUUUAUAUGUAUUUGUAAAUAUAAUUUGUAUGAUAGAAUUAAAUGAUAUUUCAAAGAUU